UCCAGCCGUGAACCAGCUAGAUAAGCUCUCUGCCAGGGAACAAGCUGGGCAGCCUCAAAGUCUGAUCAUUCAGAAGUGCAGCAACAAAAGUUAAAUUAGUAGGUACAUGGUGAUGUUGAGGCGGUAUGAAUUAACCGUCCAUAUUCAGACGUCCCCGAUUUAGGAUUUUUCAACUUUAUGAUGGUGAGUUCCAGCAUGGGAGUUCAAUCUGUUGUUGAAUUGCACAAUUCUGGGAUGAGAUCAGCUCUGGACCUCAAAGAUUUACUGAAAGAGGACUAUGUCUACUUUGUAAUGUCUGCUUUUUCUUUUCUUUUCUUUUUUUUUUUUACUUUUGAAAUAAACACACACUUAAUCAUCUUGUGAAAUGACAGUGUGUGUGUAAAGGUUUCUACUGCUUUAAAAAAAUCUUUGAUAACUUGAUUUUGCUCAGCCUCUUAGUGCAUAAACCUUGUGAUGGGUUUAUUGAGACAUGAGCUCAUUCUAAGUUGAGGAAGAUCUUUAGUCUUGUUAGCUUUGUAAUAACAGUGAACUUAUUAAAUAACUCGUUAACCAACCUAUUAUAAAAAAAGUAUUAUAGGCUGAAGCUUCAAGUUCCAUGACCUUUACUAAGGAAGUUCAGAACUGGGGCAAACAUUUCUAAAUAUUUAUCCCAAAUAACUUUGGGUUUUAUUUUUUAAGUGUUCGUCACAUAUACUGAGUAUAGAAAUAAGUACUAUCAGAUGUCAUUGUUCAUUCAGCUUUUUUUCCCCAGUAUUUAUCCAGCCCCCACCAUGUGUUGGAUACUGUUCUAGGUGCUGGGAAUACAGUAAUGCGUUAAAGUCCCAGCCCUGGUAGUGCUUACAUUCCACUGGGAGAGACACAUAAUAAACAAGUAAACAGACAUAUAUUGAAUUUCGGGUGGUGUUAAAUGCUAUAAAGAAACCUAAAGAAGAAUAAGAGGGAUAGGAGGGCUUUCUGAGGGUGUAACCUUGAGCAGAAACCUGAUUGAAGUGUCUAGGAAAAGAGUGUUCCAGCUUAAGAGAACAGCAAGUGCAAACGCUCUGAGGCAGGGUUGAGUGGAGCGCAGUCCAAGGGCCAAAAGGAGGUCUGUGUGUUUGCAGUUAGGAGACUAGAGUGAUGGGUAGGGUAGUAGGAGGUGAGAUUAGUGAAAUAAGGGGGCUGGUAGUUGUGAGGUUUUCAGCAGGAGAAUAGAGAUUUUUUUGAUGUUUUUUUGGUGGAUGCAGCCAGGAAGAUUGGCAAACCACCUUACUUCUCACACUGCUUUUCUGUGCUUGUUUCUAGGUUGGAAUAACCUGGGCAUACUUCCAGCUUAAUUUAAUUAUCAUUCUUGUCUUUAGGUUGACUCUUCACCACACUGAAACCAUUAGGAAAAAUCCUUGUGGUUAACAGCAGAGGCUUCAGAGUGUAACCUGUACUCGGGCCUAGAAAUUAUUUUAAAUGGCGACUGAUACAUCUCAAGGUGAACUCGUCCGUCCUAAGGCACUCCCACUUAUAGUAGGAGCUCAGCUGAUCCACGCGGACAAGUUAGGUGAGAAGGUAGAAGAUAGCACCAUGCCGAUUCGUCGAGCUGUGAAUUCUACCCGGGAAACUCCUCCCAAAAGCAAGGUUGCUGAAGGGGAGGAAGAAAAGCCAGAACCAGAUGUAAGUUCAGAGGAAUCUGUCUCCACUGUAGAAGAACAAGAGAAUGAAACUCCACCUGCUACGUCCAGUGAGACAGAGCACCCAAAGGGGGAGCCUGAGAAUGAAGAGAAGGAAGAAAAUAAGUCUUCUGAGGAAACCAAAAAGAAUGAGAAAGAUCAGUCUAAAGAAAAGGAGAAGAAAGUGAAAAAAACAAUACCUUCCUGGGCUACCCUUUCUGCCAGCCAGCUAGCCAGGGCCCAGAAACAAACACCGAUGGCUUCCUCCCCACGUCCCAAGAUGGAUGCAAUCCUAACUGAGGCCAUUAAGGCAUGCUUCCAGAAGAGUGGUGCAUCAGUGGUUGCUAUUCGAAAAUAUAUCAUCCAUAAGUACCCUUCUCUCGAGCUGGAGAGAAGGGGCUACCUCCUUAAACAAGCACUAAAAAGAGAAUUAAACAGAGGUGUCAUCAAACAGGUAAAAGGAAAAGGUGCUUCUGGGAGUUUUAUCGUGGUUCAAAAAUCAAGAAAAACGCCUCAGAAAUCCAGAAACAGAAAGAACAGGAGCUCUGCGGUGGAUCCAGAACCACAAGUAAAAUUGGAGGAUAUCCUCCCACUGGCCUUUACUCGCCUUUGUGAACCUAAGGAAGCUUCCUACAGUCUCAUCAGGAAAUAUGUGUCUCAGUAUUACCCUAAACUUAGAGUGGACAUCAGGCCUCAGCUGUUGAAGAACGCUCUGCAGAGAGCAGUAGAGAGAGGCCAGUUAGAACAAAUAACUGGCAAAGGUGCUUCUGGAACAUUCCAGCUGAAGAAAUCAGGGGAGAAACCCCUGCUUGGUGGAAGCCUGAUGGAAUAUGCAAUCUUGUCUGCCAUUGCUGCCAUGAAUGAGCCGAAGACCUGCUCCACCACUGCUCUGAAGAAGUAUGUCCUGGAGAACCACCCAGGGACCAAUUCUAACUAUCAAAUGCAUUUGCUGAAGAAAACCUUGCAGAAAUGCGAAAAGAAUGGGUGGAUGGAACAGAUCUCUGGUAAAGGAUUCAGUGGCACCUUCCAGCUCUGUUUUCCCUAUUACCCCAGCCCAGGAGUUCUAUUUCCAAAGAAAGAGCCAGAUGAUUCUAAAGAUGAGGAUGAAGAUGAAGAUGACUCAUCAGAAGAAGACUCUGAGGAUGAAGAGCCGCCGCCUAAGAGAAGGUUGCAGAAGAAAACCCCAGCCAAGUCAUCAGGGAGGACUGCGCCAGUGAAGCAGAGAGGGUCCAAGCCUGCACCUAAAGUCCCAGCUGCCCAGCGGGGGAAAGCUAGGCCCCUACCCAAGAAAGCCCCUCCUAAGGCCAAAACUCCCACCAAGAAAGCCAGACCGUCACCCUCUAUCAUCAAGAAACCUAGUGGUAGCUCUUCAAAGAAACCUGCGGCCAGUGUGAGAAAGGAAGUGAAAUUGCCUGGCAAGGGCAAAUCCACCAUGAAGAAAUCUUUCAAAGCAAAAAAGUAAAUUUUAUAGGAAAAAGGGUAUCAUGAUGAAAUUCAAAAUCUUAUUUUCUAAGGUCAGUUUGCAUUUGUUUUAGUUUUGAUGCUUUGAAAAUUACAUUUUUUUCCUCCUCUGUGAACAUUGUGGGGAGGGAAUAUAAAUAAACCAAUUUAGGCAUUUGUUAGCUUUAGGUGCUGUUCUUGGUGCCUGCCCCUUCCCGCAGUCAUUUUAAUUUCUGUGAUGAUUCUGGACUUUCCUGCACUGUGUAAUCUAUACUUGUCCUUUUUUCUCCCUCCACCCCAACCUUCUUUCUUUUUUUAUGGUCAACUUUGGCUUUUUUUUUUGGUUUGUUUUUUUUCCCUUCCAGUUUUGUCUAAACAGUUGCAAAGAUUUUUAUGUUUGCAGAAAGCAUCAAGAACAGGAUGCUGGUCAGGUGCUGGAAGUACAAGGAGGCAGUAUAGCACUGACUGAAUUGCAAAGCCUCCUGCCUGGAGACUUCAGUUAUAGCUGUAAUAAUUCAUCUUAUUUAUAAAAUCACUCCACUAACCCUUUCUCUCCAACUAUAAAUACCGAGAUGACUUAGCUUUGGGAAUAAGCCAAAAACAUUAUGCUCUCAUUAGAUUCUGAAGAUGCAUGACUCCUUUGGGCCACUUUUCGUAUUGAUCAAUUUCCAGGUGUUUUUUGCUGGCCCAGGGCAUUGGAUUCCCUUAACAGCAAGCACAAGUUCUCUCCACCACUUGGUUUUUGACUGAAGGAGAAAUAGAGAAAUAUAUUAAAUUUGUGGUUUCUGGUGUCACCUGUGUUACCGAAAGUAAAAACAUAUGAAAUCUUCUUGAUCAAAUGUUUAAAUAUAUUUUUUAAUAUUUGGAGCAUGAAUUGUCACUUCCUGUAUGCCUUUUUUAUAAGGAAAUGUUGGAGAGUUAAAUCAUUGCUAAUGUAGAAAUGUUAAGUGGAAAAACAUACAAUUUGCUAAAAUAAACUAGAUUCCAGAUUCAUCUCUGGGUUUUUUUCCCCUCCUUUCUUUCCACAGCACUUUUGAUAUCAAACAAGUGGCUUCCUUUUUGAGAUAUUUAAAAAAAGAAAAGAAAAAAAGCAAAUGAAGCCCAACUACCUAACCCUUUCUUAUUUGUAUUUGUUUUAGUAUUGUGAGGUUGUGUUAAAUAGUAGUAGCUUUCUACUUGAGAAAUACUGGUUUCUGGUUAUCAUUUAUCCUCCCUGUGGCACUUGACAUUUUAAUUGUCUUAAACCUUUUGGUGUACAUCUUCUGGCCCCUUAAGUGCUGCCAGAAGCAGAAGAUAUCUGUCUCAUUCAUUCCACUUGCACUGUCUCCUGGGAUCUUGUCUGCAGCCCGACGUGUGGCUGGGAAAUGGACUCGAGAAGAUUGGCUUCAAUUAGAUCCAUAAUCAUGUGUGAUCCCAUCAUGAGUUCAUUGGAAUUUGUGUUGCAUGUAAGGCAAUCUUUCCUGUUGUAAAUCUUCCUUUUUUUAUGUACAUAUAUUUUGAAAAAUAUGAAUAAACAUGAAAUUUUAAAAGCUGC